GCUUGGAGAAGCAAAGUGCUGAAAAAGGGUCAGAGGGAGCGCGGGUUGCAUUCAGCCGAGCUGGACCAGCCCAGCGGCUGCCAGGAAGAAUGUUCUCAUCAGCGCAGCCCUACGAAAACCAGCGGUACGCCACCCUGAAAAAGGACUGCCAGCGGAGGAAAGCUCUCUUCGAGGAUCCCCUCUUCCCGGCCAACAAUGACUCUCUUUUUUACAAGUCGCAAAUUCAGGGUAUCCAGUGGAAACGGCCAAAGGACAUCUGUGACGAUCCCCAUCUGUUCGUGGAUGGAAUCAGCUCCCAUGACUUGCACCAGGGCCAGGUGGGGAAUUGCUGGUUUGUAGCCGCCUGCUCUUCACUGGCAUCUCGGGAGUCCUUGUGGCAGAAGGUCAUCCCAGACUGGAAAGAGCAGGAGUGGUCCGCCGAGAAGCCGGAGAACUAUGCCGGGAUUUUCCAUUUCCAGUUCUGGCGCUUCGGCACCUGGGUGGACGUGGUGAUUGACGACCGCCUGCCCACCCUUCACAACCAGCUCAUCUACUGCCACUCGAACUCCAAGAACGAGUUAUGGUGCGCGCUGGUAGAGAAGGCCUAUGCCAAACUGUCUGGCUGCUACGAAGCCCUUGAUGGAGGCAACACAGCAGACGCCUUAGUAGACUUCACCGGCGGGGUUUCGGAGCCCAUUGACUUGGUGGAAGGCGACUACGCCGCCGACGAAGCCAAGCGGAACCUCCUCUUCGAGCGGGUGCUGAAAGUCCACAACCGGGGAGGCCUCAUCAGCUGCUCCAUCAAAGCCACCUCAGCAGCCGACAUGGAAGCCCGCCUGGAUUGCGGCCUAGUCAAAGGCCAUGCCUACGCAGUCACCGACGUGAGGAAAGUCCGCCUCGGCCACGGCCUGCUGUCCUUCUUCAAGUCGGAAAAGCUGGACAUGAUCCGGUUGCGGAACCCCUGGGGGGAGAGAGAGUGGAAUGGCCCCUGGAGCGACACCUCUGAAGAAUGGCAGAAAGUCAGCAACAGCGAGCGAGAGAAGCUCGGCAUGACUGUGCAGGACGAUGGAGAAUUUUGGAUGACGUUCGAAGACUUCUGCAAGUACUUCACGGACAUCAUAAAAUGCCGUCUCAUCAACACGUCGUAUCUGAGCAUCCACAAGACUUGGGAGGAAGUUGUCUUGCGAGGGGCGUGGUCAAGGCACGAAGACCCUUUGAAGAACCGCUCUGGGGGCUGUGUCAAUCACAGGAACACUUUCCUGCAGAACCCCCAGUAUGUUUUCGACGUGAAGAAAAUAGAAGACGAAGUGCUCAUCUCCAUCCAGCAGAAGCCCAAACGAACCAGCCGGAAGGAGGGCAAAGGGGAAAACUUAGCUAUCGGGUUUGACAUCUUCAAAGUGGAGCUGAACCGGACCUUCCGGAUGCAUACCCUGCAACAGAAAGUGGCCAGCUCCAUCUACAUCAACUCUCGCAGUGUCUUCCUGAGGAUGGACCUGAAAGAAGGCCGCUACAUCAUCGUCCCCACGACCUUUGACCCCGGCCACGUGGGCGAGUUCCUUCUCAGGGUGUUCACAGAUGUGCCUUCCGAUUGCCAGGAGUGA